UGCACGCGGUUGCGCGAGAGCCAUUCCAUUUUUAAACUUUUCGGCGGUUUUAUUCGAAAAUGGAAUCGUUUAUAUCAAGUGUUAUUAUUUUUUAAUUUUAUUUUUUUAUAAAUAAGAACAGUGUGUUUUAAGGAGUUUCUAAGUGAAUUUGGUGAAAUGACAGUUGGUUAUUUUUUUGUUCGCGGACCAUCUUAUUGUGCAAUAGGGAUUACUUUUUUGUACCGGAGCUGAGGAUACGAUCCAAAAUGCUGAAGUGGGCGGUUUACGGUAAAAAGAACCAGGAACUUCGGGUUGCUAACGACCUCGAAAGCGAAGACUGCGAUCAUUAUAGCGAUGAACCUUACAACAACAACAAAAUCAGACGAUCUCUCGAUGGACAAACUGUUAAAAGGAGCAAAAAGCCCAGCAGAUACCAGCGAAGAUCCUUAGGCUCUACUGCAGUUAGAAAAAACAUAAGAACUGUAGACAAAGAAAACGUUAACUAUAUAGGGAACACGCCAAAUUACUUUAGAGAAGGUUUCAUCAAAAAGCCAGAAGGCUUAGUCCUAAAAGAUGUCAGCAACAUCACACCAACAGGCACUCCAGUCAAAAGCUAUGAGAGAAGAAAAUAUUAUCUAAAUAACUCCAAAGAUGAUAUACCACCAGACUUACCUCCUACUCCACCAACUUAUAGCAGGAGGGUAAGAGAAGCGAAGAAAAGGAAACUAGAAAUGGCUAGUGCCAAUGAUGUAUUCAGAAGAGAUAGCUGUGUAUACAAGUCUGAAAGACGAAUUAAGCCUAUAGAUAGAAACUCUUUUAGUCCUAAACUAAGCCAUAGUACAUCUGAACCUUCCUUAACCGAUCUUUCAGAUAGAUUAAGUGCUACAACCACAAGCAGCAGAAACUCUUUUGCUUUAGGAAAACCAACUAAAAUACCAGUAUGUACAACCAAAACAGCUAACGAAGGUUUAGUUGAAAUAGAAUACGAUCAAGAUCUAGUAAUAAACUGUAUAGAAAAACCUAUUAAAAUAAACAAAAGUACUAUAGAGAAAACCACUUUACCUAUAUUCGGACAUCACAUGUUUACAGACAAUCCCUUAUAUUUUAAUAAUAAUGAUAUCGGUCUCACGAAUAUAAGACCUUUAAAAAGAACGAGGAAGAAAUCAAACGAUUUCGAAAGUUCGUUCAAAUCACCUUCCGUGGACAAAAAGGAUACUCAUACGCUAGUAAGAGAUGGAUGCUCACCUGUCUCUAUCACUCCUUUAUCCACGAAACUGGCAGCAUUAAGAUUUAGUACCAUGAGUGUGCAUAGCAAGUCUCAAAGGGUCGCUUUCACUAAUGAUGUCACGGAAUAUUUUCCUAAGGUGGAGAAUCCUUUUACUAUUCCCCUAAGGGAUGAAGAAAGUUCCACAGAAAUGGAGAACAAAUUCAUCCUGGGCAAAGAUUCCAUAACUAACAAUACAGACUCAACAGUAUCAACCACACAAAUGGGAGAUGUAACGCUUGAGAAGAUGAUUGAAGACAUUAUAAAAAGUACAAAAAUAGUUAAAUCUAAAAGAAGAAUAUUGACAAAAGCACCAGAACUCGAUAUUCAGGAAGAAAUUCCUCCACUAGAAACAGUCAAAGACCUGUUUGUAAAUCCUCAAGCUGAGAACAAAACAAAUUUAAUAAAAGAAGCUAAGUAUGUGAAUUUAUCAAGAGAAAACUCUGUAUCACCUAAAACUACACCAAUAAAGAAAAUGCCAGUACACAGAGUAAAUGAUAAAUUACUGAAAAACCUUCCAAUUGGCUGUUUCAUAUUAGAUGAUGGGGAUGGUUACAACGAAAGGGAAGUUCGAACACCAGAUAAUGCUAUUGAUGUCAAACGUAAGGCCAGUCCAAGAAAACGCGCCACAAAUCUAAACAGAUCACAAUCCAUGAAUCUUUGUUAUGAACGAGGAAACCUCGGAUAUAUGUCAUCAGAAUCAACACCUGACCUGUACUCAGCUGCAGAAGAAAGGGCAAGUCUUAGACUUAAACGGCAAAAAUGCAUACGUAGGAAAAAAUCAACAGCAAGCAAUGAAAGUCAGUGGAAGAAUAAGGAUUUAAAAUCUUCAAUUCUUACUUUAGAAAUAGGAAUACCAAGUUUAGCAACCGAACUACCUGAUACAUCAUUAUGUGAGCCAUUGAGCCCUCCUCUAUCUAACCCACUUGACAAUGACGACUAUCAGAAUAUUUCCAUAAAAUCUAACGUGUCACACAGUAGCUUGAUGCCUUACGACAAUUCUCAUAACAAGAAAUCAAGAGAACUAUUCGGGCUUACUUUGGAACAUGGUAUCCCAAGCCCAAUAACUCCUGUUCCUAACCUUAAAAGACCUGGCAAAGUGCUAAGCGAAGAAAGAGCGCAUAAAACGAGUAAAUUAGACGAAGAUUUACUUCCAACGGAUGCUUACACUCCAAUCAUUGAACACAAAUCUAUUCGGAGAUGUUUGACAUAUUCUCCAGAAGAGAAUAGCAUUAGUAGUAGUGAAGAGAAGAGGAGAAGCGUAGCAAGUAACAGAUUGGAGCGUUCUAGCGAAAGAUUCCAAGCACUAAAAGGCACGAUAGACCUAGAAAUUAGGACAAGAAAUGACGUAAUAGACGUGCACGUUAUAAGAUGCCGGGACCUACAAAGGACUACAGGGAAAACGGAUGACAUCAAUGCUUAUGCGAAGGUCGUAAUCAGCGGAGUUACAGAGAGUCAGUCCCUUCCAUCUCAACGGUCGAUCUUCCAGAGGACCUCAGUGCUGUAUGGUAAACGGGAACCGGAGUUCCAGAGGCACCUGAAGCUUCCACUACCAACAGCCAUCUACGACCAUCAGAUGCUACACAUUUCUGUGUGGCAUAGAGACAAGAAAUAUCGGCGGAGCGAGUUUUUAGGAUGUGUCUCGUUCCCAAUAAAAGAUGCAAUUAACUGCGACAUAUCCGGCACAUAUUUCCUGCAACACAGCUCUGGGCGCGGCCAGAACGCGGCACCGGCACACGCCAAUGACAGAUUCGUUAGAGACGACCGCGUGACUGAAGGAGAUUCACACAAGAUGGCUACCGACAACAUUGAAACUAGCACUAACGAUGGCACUAAAGAAAACCAUAAUGAUAAAGGUGUAUCGACAAACGGUCCAGCAUCAACAACAGCUAGUCAGGCGCAGGCGGUGGCCGCUGCCCUGCAGAGGGAGGCUGACGAGCACUUGUUCCUCCGAUACUUAGAGCUGGACCCUCCUGAAGAUCCCAACGCACCCAGACGAGCACCAAGAAACGGGAGGACACCUUUUACUACAACAAGGAAACUCAUCCGCGGUACUGCUGGAGGUUUUGGCUUCACAGUCGUAUGGACCAGACCACCGAGGGUCGAGAGGGUGGCUGCAGGAGGUUCUGCUGAACGCGCUGGUCUGAGGGCUGGAGACUACCUCGUGUUUGUGGGCAACAAAAACGUAGUGACAUCCAACGAGGAAGAGGUCCGGAACCUUGUCAAGUCCGCAGGCCAAAUGCUGAACAUAGAAACGUUCAGACGGGUGCCUCCAAACGGAGUGGGAGUUCGUCCGAGGUUGACUCAGGUGACCAUUCCUACUGCGGAGUCUACGCCCCCUCCACCCCCAAGGUCACCUCGAGCUACUGCCCUGGCCUCACCAGCCACAGCAGCCCGGCCCCCCACUGCCUGUUCAUCAACCAGCCAAUCCCUGGACCGACGCAAGCUCCACCUGCCCCAAGUCACAUUCUCCAAAGAGACCCCAGGGUUAUCAACGGACGGCAGAAAGCGCGCUCUCCUAGCUGUGGUAGCCAGAGAACAGCAUUAUGGAACCUGUCUACAAUUCGGUCUGGUCAGAUUCGUGUCACCACUGGCUGAAAGAGCAGAUCUCAUAGCCCCUAAUGAUCAUCAGCUUCUAUUCCAAAAUAUUGAAGAGAUCUUCAGACUAUCAGAAGACAUUCUUGACCAAGUGGUGCAGGAUGACGGAGAGAUCCAGACGUCGACGGUGGUCGCCGUCUACCUUCAGAAGACCCCUGUGUUCCUUAGCCUUUAUAAGAAGUACUGCCUUGGCCUCAAACGAGCUGAUUGUGUUCUGGUAAAAAAAUCAAAAGACCCAAGUGGGGCUUUCUCCCGAUUCUGUACAAGUCCACCAAUACCACGAAGAAGACCUGAUAUCACAUCGCUAGUCCACAAACCGUUGGAGCAGUUCCGAGAGCUGCUGCGACUGAUGAGGGCUGCGGCGGCUGCUAACGGAGCAGGUCCAUACGACCAGCUCGAGAAAAAGCAGCUGCAAGUCAUUGUAGAACAGUUACAGAGUGGUUAUCAAGAUGUGACAGCUGGUUCAGGUUUGAUGGGCCUUGCUGGAGAUGGCAAGCCGCUGCUAUCAGUUGCUGACCUGGAGAGUCGUCUCGUGUUCACUAGGUGUAAGCCAUUCGUGCUAAGCACGGCAGGUCGUCAAUGGAUCUUCGGCGGUGAGCUCUCAAGGGUGGAAGGUCGCGCCAUCCGACCGUACUGGGCGUUGCUGUUCAGCGAUUUACUUCUCUUUGCCACUGUGUCAAGAGACCGAGUACUGUUUGUCACAGAAGAACCAGUGGCGUUGGGAACCGUUUCCGAAGCACAGUUCAAUGUUAGGAAGAAAGCGACAGAGUUCCGCCUGAUAUUGGGUCGUGCAGGUGGCGAAUCUCCUUUAGUGUCAUGUUCACCACGCACGCCAGCUAGAACAAGAACCGUCGUGCUUCGAGCUCCUUCCAUAGACCUCAAGGCUGUAUGGCAAAGCUUACUGCAGAGGCAAAUCUACCGCGCUCACACGAUGUCAGGCACUCCACUCGGCUCACCACUUGACUCUCCCGACCCUCAGCUGACGUUCUCCCUCGCCACGCUGGACUCGCAACAACGCCAGACGCGACGCAGUUCAGUGGAGACGCAGACAGGAGGGGCUGGGAGUGCCACAGAGGGUGCCAGGAGUACUAGGAGCAGAGGUUCCACUUUACAUUUGCAGAGGUGGAUGACACAGCUGCCUGAGGCAGAGGAACUAGAUCCUCCUGAGCCUGAUAUGGAGAUGUGGAGCGUAGAAGAACUAAGAAAACGAUCCAAAGAGCUUAACCUUCUAGAAGUAGCUGAUCUUGUUUCGAGUCACGAAGCUAAAGGAACGUCGCCAGGCGACAAGAAGGAAAACGACCGUAGUCCGUCUAAAAGUAGCAAUUCUGGAAGUCAAAUUACGGUAAGGACAAGCCCAGUGGUAGUAGACACGAUACCCGUCUGCAGACAGUGCCACAAAAAGUGUUUGUCCAAGCCAAAUAGUCCCUUAGUGUCCCAAAAGGAGCCACCGGUGAUACCUGCCAAACCAAAAACCGAGGCAUCGCCCCAAAACUCCAACUCUAACAAAAGUUCCACCAGUCCAUGUAGUGCUCACUGCGGUAACCGUAAACCAAGAAACUUCUCCCACUUAGAACGUAAGAACGCUAUAAAAUUACGUCCAGAAGAUGGUCCCAGAGCGGCCAAGAAGGUCAUUGAUUCAAUAGAACAAAGCCAAAGAAUGCUAAAAUCAACGUCGUACGAACUAAAAACCGAUUCACCAAUUCUAAGCAGAAGCGUCCAUUCCAUGCAUACGAAGAGUCAGUUAGAAUUAAGAAAAGACAACUCGAUAAGAUCGCCAAGUCCUUCAUCUAGUAGUCGAAACAGUCCAUUGUCAACUAGCCACACCACUUGUAGUUCCAUGGUCUUUAACUCUAGUUCUAAUGAUUUAAGAAUGUCCAACUCAAACAUCGCCAACCAGGUCCAAUGCGUCAUUGCUCAAGAGAAAUACUUGAACGAAGUGAAAUGCGUCGAAAGUAUAACUUUAACGAAAACUAAAACUGCCACAACCAACUACCCAUCGCCAGCGUCCGCCAGGAAAGAACAGAUCACGAGACAAAAGGCUGAAAACGUAUUAAAUAAAGUUUUAGGCAUGAAUAUUGUAACUAAGAGGGAAAACAUUGGUUCUUGUCUGAAGACAUCUUCGGUAUUCCUUGAGGACGAUUCAAUACACGAAGAUGAAACUGACUUCAAAAUAGAGAGAGGUCUCAGACGGUCCCCUAGAAUGGGUAUUUCAGCAGUCAGUAAAAUGAACGGGGAUAUAACAAAGAAGACUGAAAGAAUGGAAGAUGUGAACGCUAAUAAUACUGAUGCUGGUUCUGAUGAAGAUUUAGAGUUAGGACCUUUAAUGUUGAUGGGUCUAUCGGCCAUAAAUCCUGCGGCGCAUUUGAUGAGAGUAGAACCAUUUAAACGAGGUUCAGCUACGAGUUUGAAUAACCCUCGUUCUAGACCAGGUAGUCUUGGCUCGGUCAAGUCAGAAUCUCCUGUUCCUAACAUAGCUGUUGUUCCACCAACGCCCGACUUUAAUUCCACUAAUAAGACUGAUGACCUUGUAGAUGAGUCCCCAGAUUCCCCUGACGUUCCAGAUGACCUGCCUUAUGUUACGCUCAAAAGAUAUGGCACAAUGUCAAGCCUGGAGAGGCUACCGUCCGAUGAGACUGACGAUGGUAACGUAAGACUGACAUCACAAGAGCCAGAAACUUCUAAAGCUUACAAUAACCCAGUGAGCGGAGCCGCUGGUGGAAUAAUGGGUUGGACGGCGCGAGCUGGCUCCUUCGUGGUGGAAAAGAUGAACAUCUUCAGUUAUACUGAGAGUGUCCCCAACACGUCUAUAGCACACAAACAGCCCUCCUUCUUAGAGAGAUGUCUCGGUGUGAGUGACUGGAAGUCUACCAUCGGUACAGAGGAGGGUACUGGUGAGACAGGGGAGGGAAGUGGGGCAAGCGGGGAAGAGGCCUGGGGCACUCCCUCCUCUGGAGAUCUGUCUGAUAACCUGCCCGAUUCUGAACAUGGAACUUUAUCGUCACCCACGAAGUCAUCAUCGUCGUACGCUGGUGACGAUGACACAGAGCUGAUGAUGGAUGAGCUCCUCAUGGCUCCCACAAUCACAGGACCAACGACUCUUAGACCACUACUGCCAAGGGACGUAUUUAGGAGAAGACUAGAGCCGCUGAUGGAAGAAGAAUGUUCAGACAGCGGCAGUGAAGACAACAAGCCCACCCCCACCAACUCUGAUGACCAGGACAGCGAGCGUGGCCUCGAUGCUGACGACUGUUGCGACGUGCCGCACCCGCCGCCCUCUGCUUCCGAUCAAGGACCAGAGGGCGAGGGUGCGGGCGUCGUGCAGCAUGCUGGAGGGGAGGGAGGUGGUGGCGUCGGGUGCGAGCUGAGCCCCGACCGGACACCCACCAACGAGGCGCCUUCGACGCCCUUACUAUCUGUUUCAAAAGAGUUUGCGGAGGUGCGUGCCAUUGUUGGAGCUGGUCGUCGGGGCUCAGCCAGCUCGGACAGCACGCCCUCCACACUCGAACGCACCACUAUACACAACCCUACGACACUCAACCAACCCGCACCAGCCGUUUCAGCCUCGGAGCCAGCACCAGCACCGGAGGUUACCUCACAACCGGAGGAACAGAGACCACGGACGCCGGAGCGACUCAGUCCUCGAGCGGAGAUGAGGCUUGCCUUGGACCAGGGGAAGGACAUGCUGGCAGAUCAGGAGGUGUCCUGGGGUGGCGGGUCCGACCCCUGGUCGUUUCGCGCGGCGUGCCAGCGGUCUCUGCUCCGUCGCGUGGCGAGCGCCGACGCAGUGACGCUGUGCCGCGCGCACCCGCGCCGAACCGCCCCGCAUACUACUUCGCGCAAUUCUGUAUAUGCUUGGAAGGUUCCAGAAAGCGAGAAACCUAUGGAGAUGGAGCAACUGGCACGAGCGGAAGUUCAGACGAUGCGUUCGCGGACGCGCUCUCUAUGCCAGAACGGGAAGAUAAUGGGUUUCCUCCGGCGCCGCGCGUCGUCCGAUAGCCCCCGCCGCGAGCCGUUCAUAGUGGCGAGCGCGGCGGCGGGCCGGCCCUUCUCCCCGCGCCGCACCUCCGAGAAACAAUUCGAGAAAAGAUUUUGGAAACAGGUGACAAGAAGACGGCAAUCUCUCGGAUCAAUCAGUCAGAUAUAGACCAUGAUCAAUGAGACAAUGAUCAAGUGUUCAGUGUAGAUCAUGAUUUAAUAGUAGACCAUACAGACCUAGAGACUGUAAUAGUAGACGGUCUUUUGGACCAUGAAUAGAAUAAAAAAGACGGUGUGCUUAUGAAAGUGUUGAAUACAAUAACGAAGUCGAAUGCCAAAAGAUAACAGAAUAUUUGCCAAAUAAUGACGAAAGGGACCUGUCGAUACUUCAUAUCUUAGUUGUUGUGUUUGUAGUAACUAUCUUACACUAUGCAUAACUAACUGUUGACUGUAAAUAUUGUAGCUGAUUACUUCACAUAGUUGUACAAAUAGUUUUAUUUGUAUCUGAGCUUGAUAGACGAUUGUAAUAUAUGUGAUAGGUUACUGUUUUAACUACUUGUAUUGUAAAUUGUUAAAUCUGUAUUCUCUUUGAAGUUGAUUUGUUUCUUCUUGAUAUUGUAAUAUAGUUUUUUCUCGUCUUUAUAUUCUUCGUCGGUUUGAUCUUGGAUAUUUGUAACGCUUUGUUUGACGUGACGCACUGAUUGAUAGUCGUUUGUAUAUUCUAGUGUGACGAUGUUUUUAGUUCCUGAUGUUACCUUUGUCAUUACAAUUAAUGUUCUUUAUGAAGAUUUCAGUUUCUUGUAGCAGAUAACUUUAGCGAUUAUUUCCUAUGAGCAUUUCAAAUCUCUUAGAAUUUGGAAUUUCUUUUGGGUGUAUUAACAAAAUACUAAUACUGUAAAACUUUGUCUUUUCUUAAAAAUAUUCUUUGAAAUUUUGCGCCAAAAUGUUCAACGUUUUA